AUGUACCGGAAGGCCCAGCAGGACGUGUAUGCUGAGGACAUCGCGGCGAUCCGGAGACAGGGCCACGUUGACAAGGGCAGCAGUGUCGCCAGCCUCAACCCGUUCCUGGACGACCACGGAGUGAUGCGUGCGCGCGGGAGGUUGGAGAACGCUACCGCUCUAGGUCGCGAGGCGCGGACGCCCAUACUGCUCCCGCAGAAGCACAAAGUCACCAAGCUGGUCGUUCGAGACUACCACGAGCGCGGACUACACCAGGGAGACAACGUGGUCGUCGGCAUGAUCCACGAGAGGUUCUGGGUCGUGAACCUGCGCGCCGUCUUAAAGAACGUGAAGAACUGUUGCCAGUGGUGCAUCCUGCGAGCGGCUAAGCCAGUCGCGCCGCAGAUGGCGCCGCUGCCCGAGCACCGCGUCGCUCCACACCAGCCUCCGUUCACCCAUACCGGCGUGGAUUACUUCGGGCCGUUCCUGGUGAGCAACAUACCGUCGAGGGCCGUAGCGAAGAGAUGGGGAGCGCUUUUUACGUGCAUGAGUACGAGGGCAGUGCACAUCGAGGUGGCGGAGAGGCUGGAUGUCGACAGCUUCCUCGUGUGCUUGCGGAAUUUUCAACAUCGGCGCGGGAAGGUUCGCCAUAUUUAUAGCGACAACGGCACCAACUUCGUCGGCGCCGAGGCAGGGUUGCGGCGGCUGGUCGCCGACAUAAACACCAAGAUGGGCGCGAUGGUGGCUGCUGAGAUGGAAGUGGAGUGGCACUUCAACCCGCCAGCUGCACCUCAUUUCGGUGGAGUGUGGGAGCGCCAGAUCCAAACAGUGAAGAAGGCGCUACGACCGGUGUUGGAGGCCUGGCGGUUACGGAGGCCGACGGUGGAGGUGCUGCGCACGGCGCUAAUCAACAUCGAGUAUUUAUUAAACUGCCGUCCCCUCACCCACAUCCCGGUAACGCACGAGGGGGAGGAAGUUCUGACGCCCUUCCACUUCCUCAUCGGCCGUGCCGGGAGCGCUGUUCCGUCCACCGCGGCCUGGACGUCGACUGUAGAGCCAGAUGACUAUAGGGAAGCGCAGCGACUCGCCCGGCUGUUCUGGGAUCAGUGGCGCAAGGAAUACCUGCCGACCUUGCUCCGGCGCAACAAACGGACGGGCAGGGUCGAGCCGGUGAAGGAGGGUGAUCUGGUGGUCCUGGUAGAGGAUAACGCGCCGCCAGGCGAGUGGAUCAAGGGAGUAGUAGAAAAGACUUAUCCGGCGCCCGACGGGCAAGUGCACAGAGUAGACGUGAGAACCGCGCGGGGGAUGCGGAAUAGGGCAGCCAUCAAGGUGGCGGUGGUUGACGUCCGGCAGAAGGAGGACCAAUUAGCGAAAGCAGGACAGCGAAAGCGUUUCGUCCGGGCGCCGAUCGGGACGGCCCCGGCAGUUAAACAGUCUAAGGUCGGCUAG